CUUUUGAAUGCUUCCGUGACUAUUGGGGAGCUUUCUGUGCGGAUCGUUGUGCCAAUAGACAUAAAGAAGCUGAUCGUAGUUAGUACGUUUCUCCGUAGAGGUAGAGACGAUCUUGCGCACCCAAAUGUGGCGGCUGAGCCUAGCAUGUACUGCCCUAGCGUCCGAAGCAUGCCGUUCGGUCCAGGGCCAUAUCGUAUGAUAUUCGUUGCGCCGAAGAUGAAGCCAAUGAUCGUGCCGACA